AUGGUAAGUGCAGCGGAAGAAGUGUGUGGAACAAUAAAAAGAGGCAGUAGUAAAAGAAGAGAUGCAUGGUGGAAUGAUGAAGUGAAAGAAGCUGUAAAGAAGAAGAAGAAAGCAUGGUUAGACUACUUGGCCUCUAGUAAUGAUAAGGAUAUGAGAGAGAAGAUGAAAGAAAGAUAUAAGCUGCAGAAAGUUCACACGAAAGCAUUGAUUGAGGAAGUGUCUGAAAAUAUAUUGAAUAAUGAUACUACUAUAACCUCUACUAGCAAUUAUAACUCUACUCCUUCUUUAUUUGUAUUCCUACCAACUACAGAAUCCGAAGUACUAGACAUCAUUUUAAACUUAAAAUCCGAUUUCGCAGUAGGCCUUGAUAAUAUAUCAACAAGUUUUCUAUACUUGUAA